AUGAGCGUCGGUUCCGGCUCAUCCAUGGACAGUGCGUCCAUCACUGCGGACGAGGGACGGGAUGCCGCAGACAUGGUCGACAAAGUGGAAAAGACAGCCCGUGACCACAACACAACAACAUGGCACAUGGCGCCCGAGCUACAGACGAUGCGGGAUCGAGACGAACAAGGCGGUGACAGGCCCAGGAAGCUCGGCGUGAGCUGGCGAAACCUCACUGUCAAGGGCAUCGGCAGCGACGCGACGUUCAACGAGAACGUCCUCUCCCAGUUCUAUCCCUUCCACAAGGGGAGAAAAGAUGCCCCCAUGAAAACCAUCAUUGACAAUUCGCAUGGAUGCGUCAAGCCCGGAGAAAUGUUGCUCGUUCUUGGUCGCCCUGGAUCAGGCUGCACGACGCUGCUAAGCGUGCUCGCCAACAAUCGGCUCGGUUACGAGGAAAUCACCGGAGACGUCAAUUUUGGCAGUAUGCCGGCCGAGGAAGCCAAAGCAUAUCGCGGCCAGAUCAUCAUGAACACAGAGGAAGAAAUCUUCUUCCCCACACUGACCGUCGAGGCGACCAUCGACUUCGCCGCCCGCAUGAAGGUCCCCUUUCACCUGCCGCCCGGGAUCAAGACGCACGAGGAGUACGCCCAAUUCAACAAGGACUUCCUCCUGCGGUCCGUCGGCAUCUCCCACACUGCCCAUACAAAGGUGGGAGAUGCCUUCAUCAGGGGCGUCUCUGGAGGGGAGAGGAAGCGCGUAUCCAUUCUCGAAUGCCUGACCACCCGGGCCAGUGUCUUCUGCUGGGACAACUCGACAAGAGGUCUCGACGCCAGCACGGCUCUCGAGUGGAUCAAGGCAAUCAGGGCCAUGACCGACAUUCUCGGCCUCACCACCAUCGUCACGCUAUACCAGGCCGGCAAUGGCAUCUACGAGCACUUCGAUAAGGUCCUAGUUCUCGAUGAGGGAAAGCAGAUCUUCUACGGACCCCGAGGAGACGCCGUGCCUUUCAUGGAAGGCCUCGGUUUCAUGCGGGACCCUGGCUCCAACCGGGGAGAUUUCCUGACGGGCGUGACAGUUCCCACCGAGCGCGUCAUUGCCCCUGGAUACGAGAACAUGUUCCCCCGCACUGUCGAUGAAGUCCUUGCCGUAUACGACCUGUCGGAUAUCAAGCCAAAGAUGAUGGACGAAUGCCAAAGCUACCCAACAAGUGAGGAAGCCGUGGAGAACACGGCCGUCUUCAAGGAGAUGGUCGCUCGCGAGAAGCAUAGAGGCGUGCCCAAGAGGUCGCCCGUCACUGCUGACUUCAUAACCCAAGUCAAAGCCGCCGUUUCCAGGCAGUACCAGAUCAUGCGGGGUGAUAAAUCGACGUUGUUCAUGAAGCAAGCCGCAACACUCAUCCAGUCUCUCCUCGGCGGCUCUCUCUUCUACUCUGCCCCCGCCAAUUCUGCUGGUCUCUUCCUCAAAGGGGGUGCCCUGUUCUUCUCCAUCCUAUACAACGCUCUCAUAGCUCUCUCAGAAGUCACAGACUCGUUCACCGGCAGACCCAUCUUGGCCAAGCACCGCUCCUUCGCCCUAUAUCACCCAGCAGCCAUCUGCAUCGCCCAAGUCGUCGCAGACUUCCCCAUCCUGCUCUUCCAGGUGACACACUUCGGCCUCGUCCUCUACUUCAUGGUGGGCUUAAAGACCACCGCCGCCGCCUUCUUCACCUAUCUGGUGACCAACUUCAUGACUGCCAUGUCCAUGACGGCCUUCUUCCGGUUCAUCGGCGCUGCAUUUCCCACCUUUGAUGCCGCGACAAAGGUCUCGGGCCUUUCCACCGUCGCCUUGUUUGUCUACAUGGGCUAUAUGAUUAUCAAGCCCGAGAUGCAUCCGUGGCUUAGUUGGAUCUUCUGGAUCAAUCCCAUGGCAUAUGGAUUUGAAGCUCUUCUAGGAAACGAAUUUCAUGGCCAAGACAUUCCUUGCGUUGGUCCAAACAUCAUUCCUAGCGGUCCUGGCUACGAUGGAGGAAGCGGCGGACAGUCGUGUGCUGGUGUUGGCGGUGCGCUACCUGGUGCCACGAGCGUCACAGGCGACGAAUACCUCGCAUACAUGUCCUUCAGCCAUAGCCAUAUCUGGCGCAACUUUGGCAUCAACUGCGCCUGGUGGGUGCUAUUCGUCGGGCUCACCAUCUUCUUCACCUCCCGGUGGAAGCAGAUGGGAGAAGGCGGUCGUAACCUCCUUAUUCCUCGGGAACAAUACCACAAGUCGAAGCACCUGUUGUCAUCCGGGGACGAGGAGACGCGCGCUACAGAGAAGAGGCCGCCAGUGGAGUCUGGAUCUGUCACAUCAGACACGAACCUCGACAACAGCCUCAUCAGCAACCGGAGCAUCUUCACCUGGAAGGGGCUAACGUAUACCGUUAAAACCCCCGACGGCGACCGCGUCCUUCUCGACAACGUGCAGGGCUAUGUUAAACCCGGUAUGCUCGGAGCUCUGAUGGGGUCCUCUGGCGCCGGCAAGACAACGCUCCUAGACGUCCUCGCGCAACGGAAAACCGAAGGGACAAUUCAUGGAUCCGUCUUAGUUGAUGGGCGUCCUAUCCCCUUCUCGUUUCAGCGUUCUGCUGGCUAUGUCGAACAGCUGGAUAUCCAUGAGCCUCUGGCAACCGUCCGCGAGGCACUUGAAUUCUCAGCCCUCUUGCGCCAGCCUCGCGAUGUACCCACCGAAGAGAAGCUACGAUAUGUCGAUACUAUCGUGGACCUUCUGGAAUUAAAUGAUCUCGAGCAUACUCUAGUGGGUCGUCCAGGCAGUGGUCUCUCGGUUGAGCAACGCAAGCGUCUUACUAUUGCUGUCGAAUUGGUAGCGAAACCGAGCAUCCUCAUCUUUCUCGAUGAACCGACAUCUGGACUUGACGGCCAAGCCGCGUAUAAUACCAUGCGCUUUCUGAGGAAACUUGCAGAAGCUGGACAAGCCAUCUUGGUAACCAUCCACCAGCCGUCGGCACAGCUGUUUGCGCAAUUUGAUACGCUCUUGUUGCUCGCCAAAGGCGGAAAGACUGUGUACUUUGGCGACAUAGGCCAGAACGCCAAUACCAUCAAGGAAUACUUUGGCCGUUAUGGAGCUCCUUGCCCGCCUGAAGCCAAUCCAGCCGAGCACAUGAUCGAUGUGGUGUCAGGGAACGGGGGUCCUUCCCAUGAUCAAGACUGGAAUCAAAUCUGGUUGCAGUCGCCGGAACAUGACCAGCUCUCCAAGGACCUGGACCACAUGGUCGCAGAGGCUGCCGCACGGCCCUCAGGUGUCGAACAUGACGGUAACGAGUUUGCGGCUUCCAUUUGGACGCAGAUUAAACUAGUGACGCACCGCAUGAAUAUCUCACUUUUCCGGAAUACCGAAUACGUCGACAACAAGUUUGCCAUGCAUAUCAGCCUAGCCUUACUGAAUGGCUUCACGUUUUGGAUGAUCGGUGACAGUCUUACGGACCUUCAACAGAACCUCUUUACUGUCUUCAACUUCAUCUUUGUGGCGCCGGGUGUUAUUUCGCAGCUCCAACCCCUCUUCAUUGACCGGCGCGACAUCUACGAGGCACGCGAGAAGAAGAGCAAGAUGUACCACUGGGCUCCCUUCGUCACCGGUCUGAUAGUCUCAGAACUCCCCUACUUGCUUGCCUGUGCACUACUUUACUACGUCUGCUGGUACUUUACCUGUGGCCUUCCUGCAGCGGCUGAGCACGCCGGCAGUGUGUUCUUCGUGGUGGUCAUUUACGAAUGCCUAUACACGGGCAUUGGGCAGAUGAUUGCCGCGUAUACCCCCAAUGCCGUCUUUGCAUCUCUAGUCAACCCGCUAGUCAUCACGACCCUAGUUUCAUUCUGCGGCGUUAUGAUCCCCUACAGCCAAAUUGAGCCGUUCUGGAGAUACUGGAUGUACUACAUCGACCCCUUCAACUACCUAAUGAGUUCCCUGCUUGUCUUUACCACCUGGGAUAAGCCUGUCCACUGCAAGUCUGAAGAACUUGCUAUAUUUGACCCGGCUCCCAACCAGACUUGCGGCGAAUACCUUUCCAGCUACCAGCAAGGCGUCGGGGCAGCUACCAACCUCCUGAACCCGGGUGCGACCGCUGCGUGCCGUGUGUGUCAGUACACCGAGGGCGGGGAUUACCUGCGUACGCUGAACCUCGACGGAGAAGAUUACGGGUGGAGGAACGCGGGUAUUGUUGUUGUCUUUGUGGUUGGCAUCUACGGACUCGUGUUCCUCAUGAUGAAGCUCAGGACCAAGGCUACCAAGAAGGCCGAGUCCUAG